AACUUGGUUAUCACUUUAAAUCUCAAAAAAUUGAAUCUACCAAACACCCCACAAAAUCUAAAUCCUUUCACUUGAAGUUCAUAGCUCUUCCGACAGUGGCAAAGCUUUGUUUUCAGAAAAGGUUGAUUAAUUGGAACACCAGAGUUACUCUGAUGACUUGUUGCUCUCAUCUUUUCAGAAAAAAAGGGUCUUCGUCAGCCAUACGAUUAAAUGGAGUUGAUAUAGAUAUUUCAGAAAUUCAGAAUGUGAAUAUUUACACUCACAAAGAAUUGCGAAUUGCCACUGAAGGUUUUAGUCCCGCAAACAAGAUAGGGCAGGGAGGUUUUGGAUCUGUCUAUAAGGGAAAGCUGAGAAAUGGUUCUCUGGUAGCUCUAAAGGUUUUAUCAGCUGAAUCAAAUCAAGGGGUCCUGGAAUUCUUGACAGAAAUCAAGGUUAUCUCUAGUAUAGAGCAUGAGAAUCUAGUGAAGUUGUAUGGAUGCUGUGUGGAGAAAAACCACAGGAUUUUGGUAUAUGGCUAUCUUGAGAAUAAUAGCCUAGCACAAACACUUUUAGGUGGAGGCCAUAGUAGCAUCCAAUUCAAUUGGCAUGUACGAAGGAACAUUUGCAUAGGUGUUGCCAGGGGCCUUGCAUUUCUUCAUGAGGAGGUUCGCCCACAUAUUAUUCAUAGAGACAUAAAAGCAAGCAAUGUAUUACUUGACAAAGACCUUCAACCUAAAAUUUCAGAUUUUGGCCUUGCAAAGCUUAUUCCACCAAACCUGACUCAUAUUAGUACACGUGUUGCUGGAACAGCUGGUUAUGUGGCACCUGAAUAUGCAAUUAGAAAUCAAGUGACAAGAAAAUCAGAUAUCUAUAGUUUUGGAGUUCUACUACUGGAAAUUGUUAGUGGGAGGCCUAACACAAACAGACGUUUACCUGUGGAAGAACAGUAUCUUCUUACGAGGGCAUGGGAUUUGUAUGAGAGAGGGAACCUAGAAAGACUGGUGGAUCCUUUUCUAGAUGGAGACUUCAAUGUUGAGGAGGCAGUUAAGUUUUGCAAGAUUAGUCUUCUUUGCACACAGGAUUCUCCUCAGCUCCGGCCAUCUAUGUCCACUGUGCUUGACAUGCUAAUUGGGGGAAAAUAUGUGAGUGAUGAGAAUAUGACAAAACCAGGCAUGAUAUUUGAAUUUGUGGAAGCCAUGGUUGAAGAAGGGAAACAAAAAGGCAAGGCUGAAUUGGAUAGUACAUCUUUGUUGGCUGGUUCAGGGAAGCAAGAUGAUUCAUCUUCAUCAGGAACGGUGAGCUCUUUUGCUACCAUGACCUUCACUGCAAUUUGUGAUCGAAGCAAUUAAUUUGGUUGUUAUUAGGUAACCUUCAAUCGGCCCUUAGUGUUUUUCCUUUCCCCCUAUAUGUAAAGUUGCCUAUCUUUGCUUCCUUUUUUUUAAUUCAAAACAAUGUAAGUUUUUGUUAUAUAUCUUUUUCUCACACAGAGAGGGCGAGUCUAAAAGCGAUAAGGUUGCUUCUUGUGAUUGGAAGGUCACAUGCUUAAGUCUAAGACACAGCUUCAUUGAAAAAGUGCAAGGGUAAGAUUGCGAGAAUCGACUAUCACCCCUAUUCUUGCAAAUCGGGAAACCUUGUGCACUGAGAUUUGCCCUUUUUUAUCUUCUUCUCAUACAGACAUACUAUAUUAAUCAAUGAUGAUGAACUCAAUUUUGGAAUCCUUCAGUCAUAAAGAGACGAGCAAACUUUUUGUAAUAUAGGACUGUCUGUGGUCUAGACCAUGUUUCAAAGUAUUUUGAAUCAGGAGAUUGUCUAUUAUUGGCUUGGUUGUUUGUGGCCCUUAUGCUGUUCUUUGUUAAGAAUAAUGCUACUUCCAUUUUACUUGCCUAAGCAUGGAAAUCACAAUCCUCUCAAGAAUCUUCUCAAAAGUAGAGUUGCAUUUUUUGGUAAUUUUAUGUGUCAUUAAACUUUCUCCUACCUUUAUUGUGGUUGGAUUUUGCAGUGUAAUAUUCAAU